GGCAGUUACGUGAAGCUGUGCCAGACUUCCCCGUCAUCCCUAUCCUGUAAGCAAGCUGCACAGUGGAUUACUCAUUUUCUCUCCUGCCUGUGACUGAGGCUGUUUUCUCACAUCCUACUCCUGCUUUCACGGUCCCAAGGAUUUCAUUUGAAGGGCGGGGCAUCCCUUCACACCCCUCCACCCCAAUGGGAGCCUGGAGUCUGGACCAAUAGAAGCAAAGGACCUCAUUUACUGGCACUAAAACCUGGCCCUAUUUAAGUAGUAGCAGGAAUGGGCUGUGAGCGGCGUCGGCUUUUCUCCACAAACGGGCACACUUGUCUGAUUCGGGGCAUCACUGAACUGACGACGAGAGGAAAGGGGGAAAGGUUGUAGGGCUCCUGCUGCCACCAUGUGCUCUGGCAAGUGUACAAGAUACAUCGGACACUCUCUGGUGUGGUUUGCUGUCCUCUGCAUCGUAGCAAACAUUUUGCUCUACUUCCCCAACGGGGAAACCAAGUAUGCUUACGACGACCACCUCAGCCGCUUUGUGUGGUUCUUUGCUGGCAUCGUAGGCGGAGGUCUGCUGAUACUCCUGCCGGCGUUUGUGUUCAUCGGGCUGGAGGAAGACGAUUGCUGUGGUUGUUGCAGCCGGGACAGCUACGGCAAGAGAUGCACAAUGCUUUCUUCUAUCAUGGCGGCUCUCAUCGGCAUUGCGGGAUCUGGCUACUGUGUCAUUGUGGCAGCGCUGGGUUUGGCAGAAGGACCAAAAUGUCGCGAUUCCCACGGUGUGUGGAACUACACCUUUGCCGACACUGACGGACAGUAUCUUCUGGAGCCCACCACAUGGUCCCAGUGCUAUGAACCGAAGAAUAUUGUGGAAUGGAAUGUGACUCUAUUUUCUAUCCUCUUGGCAUUCGGGGGAAUUGAAUUCAUCUUGUGUCUCACUCAAGUCAUAAAUGAAGUGCUCGGUGGCAUAUGUGGCUGCUGCUGCUCCCACCAACAGCAAUACGACUGCUGAAAGAACCCAAGACAGAACCACACGCUUCCUUUAUUUCAUCGUAUCUUGUAUAUUUUACUGGCGUUAUGUGACUUUGCACUGGUGUAUCAUAUUCCAUACAUUCUGCUUUUAUAAAGAAAUGUGCUGACAUCCUCAUGUGAUGUCAGUGUUUGCAGCUAGCAAGCAAACUUUGUUUUAAAGAAUGAGGCAACAGGCUGCCCUCACUCUAAUGGCAUUUUACAGACUGAAUGACUGUUCUCAGCGUGGCUGACAUAAACUCUUCAAUAUUUAAGGUAAAAAUCACAUUUAACUACUGUGCAUAUGUGUAUUUUAAAUAAAAGACCUCCGGUUUCCCUUUUAAGACCAGGAAGGACCAAAAUCCCUGAAAAGACAGUUUUAACUGUUUAUAUGGUGUUUCCCAUGUGGAUGUGUACUAAUAUUUAAGAGACCCCUUGAAGUGAGAGAAAAGCCCUUGCCUGGAUUUGGAAGGCUCAUGGAGAAAGCACUCACCCAAGUAUGGGACAGGAAAAUAUGUAAAGCUGCUAGCGGCUGCAAACACUGCUAGAUGCUGGAGUUUUCUCUCAUGUAGAAAGCUUUGUGCCCUUCAAAGACAGAGACUGUGUGUGUAAAGGGGAAGGGCAGGAUGGUUGGGCAAGAACGAAGAUGGGAAAUGGCAAGAAAACAGUUGAUGGCCGCGGUGGGAAAACGGGUUUGGUGGGGUAGGGAACUGAAGACCACAAAGGGGAUGCCCCCAAACUUGCUUGUUGAGCACAAAAUGAAUUUUCUCUACCAUUAA